AUGGUGGCAGCAGGUACCAUUCUUACUCCCUACCUGCAGGGCAGCGGAGGAAGAGGCAGAGGUGGAAAGGAAGAAGGAAAUACGAAGGAAGAGGCUGGAAAGGAAAGAGCGGAAGAAGGAGAGGAAAGAGGCAAGGAAAGAGACAGCGCGGACGAGUGGAGGCCUACGAAGGCAGAAAAAAAGGAAUACCGUCUUGAGGAGUUAGAAGAGGCUAUGAAUGAAUCGGAAGAGCAGACAGAUGAUGAUGAUGACGGUCAGAUGGAGAUCCAGGACAUCGUGGAACGUCCGGCAGAGGGCACGCGGCAUAGGCCCAAGCGCGAGUGCCCGAUGCCGGACUGCGACAAGGUGCUGGAAAAUUAUUUCCCGGCACCUUCGUCAGUUCGACUAUUUACAAAAGUACCAUUCAUCAAAAUCCUUCAUUUCUUAACACAGUUCCACGAGAUGACCGCGGUCGAGGCAGCCAACCAGGUCUUCCUCCAGGGGUACCAGAGGACUGGAAGGUUGUCACCAAAGCUAUCCUGUCGCCUGGAGGGAUGCAGCUCCUCGACCACGAGACUGGAUCUCCAUCUGGCUAGGAUCCACUCACUUCAGAAGGGAACGGAGGAGUUCCUAGAUGCGAUGAAGGAGGCCAGGACGCCUGGGGUAAAGGAGGUGGACAAGACCUCCUUGGGCCAAGCCCUGCGGGAGUAUGCGCGACACAGUCGAAACCGGAUCACCGGUCGACGACAGUCGACAAACACUGCAGCAGCCCACGAGACCGGGAUCCGGACCAUGCUCCCGCAGGGCCUUUCGAAAGCCACCGUCCUUGGCCAGAAGGACAUAGGCGAGGACGGUGGCUUGAUAGAUAAUCUACUCUUAAGUCUGAAGCCAGAGACAGUAAAUAUCUACCUCUGUUCUUUGGGGAAAUUCGUAGAGUUUCAAUCCGCAUCCUUCGACUGGCAGCGCCAGUUGGGGAUACGGGUAGAUGCUCUCCAGACCCUGCGAAUUUCUCUGAAGAACAUAGGUAAAUCUCUAGAGGAUGAGAUACAGCAGGCGGCGGUUCAGAGGGGGUGUGAGGACAAAGCUGGACUUCAACUCACGCCCCAGAUGUUUGGGGCCUACCUGAACGGUGUCAGACCGAGGAGAGUCACCGAACUGCUGAAGAAGGAAGGACCUCUCUCCCGGUCUGACACCGCCGAGGCGAGGGACUGCUUACUUCUACAACACUUCAUCAGCAACGGGAAGCGGGCUGGCGAUCUGGCAAACCUGGAACGAACUGAAGUCAAUAAGGCCAGCCCAGCUGAUGACUGUACCUCGACCGAGCUGAAGAUCUUCGAACAUAAGGAAGCUCGGUCGGGGAAGGAAUGUCCGUUGCUGAUAAAGACGUCCCUCGCGGUAGACCUCAAGGCAUACGUGGCCAAGGACGGCUUUGGUCGGGGGUCGAAGCUGGUCUUUACCACCGACCCUGCCCUGCAGACCAUGUCAAAAUGUGUCAAGCACAUGGCCCAUAGCCCACGGACUGCGGACAGGUACUAUGACCGCUCUCGGCAGAAGGACGCCAGAGUCGAUGUCUGGAGCAAAAUCAACAGUAUCUAUCAGGAUGGCAAUCAGCCAGCUCCAGACAUCGGUCCGCAGUCCCCUGCUUGUCCAGCACCCUCUGAUAACGACAGCGACGUGAUCGGCCCUUCACCAGUAAAGAAGCCCAGGAGGUAGAUCCUCACCCCAGGCGUCCUGGCCUCAUAAGUCAUCCAUCACCGCUCGCGUCGCUGUCGAGUGAACCGCCGCC